CUAACCUGGCUGGUGCGUUUUCAAUCUCUGCUCUGACUCUUGACUCGACCUAAAAAAAACUAGUACGGUAUUGAGCUUUUUUAUUCAACAAUGGAAUUAAGUUGAUUUCUUCAGUGAGGACUAUUUUGUGGUAGGGCAAAUCUUGUUUUUAAAAAAAAAUAAGGUGUUUGAGGUUAAUUUUGUACAGUGUAUUUUGACAGUGUGUUAACCUAGUCUGACCACUUUACCGGAUCAUUGUCAUAUGUGUGCCAUAAGUUUUCGGUCUCACUAAACCAUGGAUCGUCUGAAGUUAGUUCUGCAGUAUUUCCAGUCCAACUCUGAGUCCAUAUCAAAUGGAAUCUGUAUUGUACUGGCCCUGAUCAGUGUGAAGCUCUACACCAGCUUUGACUUCAACUGCCCCUGUAUUCCACAAUACAACAAACUCUACGCACUGGGGGUGAUGUUUGUCCCGCCUUUAAUAUUCUUCUUCCUGGGAAUCUUGGUCAAUCGACACACAGGGGUCAUGAUGGACGAAUGGUUGAGACCGAUUGGGAAGAGAAGCAAAAAUCCUGCCAUUGUCAAGUACAUGUUCUCUGCCAUGAUGCAGAGGGCUCUACUGGCGCCCAUGGUGUGGAUUCUGGUCACUCUGCUGGAUGGGAAGAUCUUCAUCUGUGCUUUCAGCAUGAGUGUAGACCCCAAGCCUUUCUCAGGCAUGCCCAACAAUACUGGCCUGGACCUGAUCAAGCUCAUGGCCAAAGUGCCCUGCAAGGAGGAUAUGAUCUUCAGGAACAGCACAUUUCGUAAAGCUGUUUCACGCUACGUGCGCUGCUACUCCCAAGCGAUUGGUUGGUCCAUCCUCCUCUUCUUCAUUCUCUUGGGUGCGCUGGGCCGUCUCAUCAAGCCCUGUUUCGACGACCACGCCACCAACCUCCAGACGCGCUACUGGAGCAACUACCUGGACAUCGAGCAGAAGCUCUUCGAUGAGACCUGCGUUCUUCACUGCCGCGAUUUUGCCCGCAAGUGCGUUGUGCAGUUCUUCGAGGGCAUGCGGGAAGACGCAGUACUCAGACUGCCUCUCUCACCCGAAGUCAGGUACAGGGGGGAGGAAGACAUGGUGGAUGAAGAGGAGGAGAGACUCCAUGGGAUCACCAAGCAGGAACAGAUGGAUCAACUGCUUCAAACAUGGUUCCAGUGUAAGCCUGAGCUGGAUGUCACUAGGAUGGCCUACAGACCUAGGGUGUGUGUCACCUGGGAGGACCACAAUGGACAAACCCUCUACUCAGAUGUUUAGAUAUAUGUGUGUGUGUAUGUGUGUGUGUGCAAUAGUAUAAAUAGCUAUAAGCUACAAACAAUACAUUCAACAUGAUUAUGUCAAAAAUACUUUUAGAGAGCAGACCUUAGAAAUCUUGUUCCUCUGAAUAUUUGAAUAUGCUGGGAUGUAGACUAGCUAGUUUUGCAUAGUUCAUUUUACAUACUCCAUGAAUACAAGACAUGCAAAUUACAGAUGUUCUGACAAAUAGUCCCUACUGGUGCCUGAUUCAUCUAAUCCCAACAAAUAAGUAAUUCAGAGGUCACUACUAUGUAAUUAUAGUUUGACCAUAUAUAUAUAUAUAUAUGUAUUUAUUUUUGAGUUCCCUGGUCAUUUCUGUACCAUAACAUAAAGUGCCAAUAAAAUUAUUAUUGUAUAUUGUAAUUUACUGUAUAUGUACUAAAGGAUACAUGGUUUUAGUUGCCUGCAGAAAGUAUUCAUAGCCCUUGACGUAUUCCAUAUUUUGUUGUGUUACAGCCUGAAUUCAAAAUUGAUUAAAUUGUUCGUUUUUUUCUCAUCCAUCUACACAUAAUACCCCAUAAUAACAAAGUCAAAACAUGUUUUUAGGAUAAAAAAAAAAUGUAUUGAACAUGAAAUACAGAAAUAUCUAAUUUACAUAAGUAUUCACACCCCUAAGUCAAUACAUGUUAGAAUCACCUUUGGCAACGAACAAAUGGAGUUUUUCUGGGUAAUUCUUGAAGAGCUUUAAACACCUGGAUUCUUUAAUCUCCCUAGUCCUUGCCGAUGACAAGCAUACCCAUAACAUGAUGCAGGCACCACCAUGCUUGAAAAUAUAACAAGGGGUGCUCAGUGAUGUGUUGGAUUUGCCCCAAACAUAACACUGUAUUCAGGACAUAAAGUUAAUUUCUAUGCCACAGUUUUUGCAGUUUUACUUUAGUGCCUUAUUGCAAACAGGAUGCAUAUUUUUGAAUUUGUUUUAUUAUCUACAGGCUUCAUUCUCACUCUGUCAUUUCAGUUCGUUUUGUGGAGUAACUACAAUGUUGUUGAUCAAUCCUCAGUUUUCUAUCACAGCCAUUAAACUCUUUAACUGUUUUAAAGUUUUAACGCUUCAUGGUGAAAUUCCUGAGCAGUUUCCUUCCUCUCUGGCAACUGAGUUAGGAAGGACACCUGUAUAAUAUAGUGACAGGGUGUAUUGAUACACAUUCCAAAGUGUAAAUAAUUACUUCACCACGCUCAAUGGGA